AUGGCUGAUCACCCCAACAAGGUUGCUUUUGAACAAGGCCUGCAUUAUGUACUACGAUCGUGGACAGCAUUGAAUCUAGCCGUCGAACAAGACUGGGGAGGUGUCGAAUCAGCAGAUAAAAGAGACUGGAUGAAUCAAGUGCUUGUCGAUUACUUUGGUGCAAACGGCAAAAGAUUAGACGUGGAUGACAUUGAACAAAUCUUGGCUCAAAUCAUGGCUGAUGAAUUUCAUUGUGUGCUUGAAGACGACUCUCCUUACCUGGUAGCCAAGCAUCUUGUGGAAAUCUAUCAUCAAUGCAUCCAUGGCAACUAUCAAGAAGUCGAGCGACUAAAACAAAAGUACGAAUCUCGAUCAAAUGCGGUCUCAAGCUCUCGUGCCGAUGGCUCAAGUGAUGAUGAAGAUGACAAUGACGUCGACAAUGGCAAUGACAACCAAGACGAUGAUGAUAAUGAUGACAAUGCCAUGGAUGUGGAUCGAUCAGCACCUCCCGAACCGGAAAUUGAUGAUGAUGGUUUUGAAACUGUGUCAUAUAGAAAACGUCGAUAG